CGGAUUUGAACCUAGGGAAGGCUUCCCAGUUGAUAAAUAUUUUAUCUGUGAGUUGAAAUAUCAGUAGGAAUUUAACAAACAUCUAGGUAGAAAACUAUGUUCCAAACUGGAUUGGAGGAAGGGAAGGGGAGGGUGGUAGAUCAUGAAGGGCCCUAUGUGUGUCCCAAAGGGGUGAAGUUGUCACAGAACAGCUGCAGAUAGGGAAGGCUGGGAAAAGCGUUUAAACAUUCAGCUUUUAGUGGAACUUGUAGCUGGCUCUGCCCAUUGACUCUUAUCUUCUUUAGGCUUCACAGAGAAACUCCAAAGCAGGCAUGUUUGGUGCUAACCUUACUACCUUCCACCCUGCUGUGUUCAUCCUGCUUGGCAUCCCAGGACUGGAACAUUACCACACCUGGCUUUCCAUCCCCUUCUGCCUCGUGUACAUCAUAGCACUCCUGGGAAAUGGAGCCCUCAUCCUUGUUGUCCUCCAUGAAUGCACCCUUCAUGGACCCAUGUAUGUCUUCCUAUCCAUGCUGGCUGGCACUGACAUCCUGCUGUCCACCACCACUGUGCCCAAAGCCCUGGCUAUUUUCUGGUUCCAUGGUGGAGAGAUCGCCUUUGAUGCCUGCAUCACUCAAAUGUUUUUCAUCCAUGUUGCCUUUGUGGCUGAGUCAGGAAUCCUGCUGGCCAUGGCAUUUGACCGCUAUGUGGCCAUUUGUACUCCAUUAAGAUACACAACUAUCUUAACUCCUAUGGCAAUUGGAAGGAUGACUCUGGCCAUUUGGGGAUGGAGCAUUGGGACCAUUUUUCCUACCAUAUUCCUACUAAAGAGGCUUCCAUAUUGUCAGACCAACAUCAUUCCCCACGCAUACUGUGAACACAUUGGGGUGGCCGGAUUGGCCUGUGCUGACAUCACUGUUAAUAUCUGGUAUGGAUUCUCAGUGCCAAUGGCAUCGGUUUUGGUAGAUGUUGCACUCAUUGGUGUUUCUUACACUUUGAUCCUCCAAGCUGUGUUUAGACUUCCUUCCCAGGAUGCUCGGCAUAAGGCUCUCAAUACCUGUGGUUCCCACAUUGGAGUCAUUCUCCUUUUCUUUAUUCCAUCUUUUUUUACGUUCCUGACCCACUGCUUUGGCAAGAAUAUCCCCCACCAUGUCCACAUCCUCCUGGCAAACCUGUAUGUGUUAGUUCCCCCCAUGCUUAACCCCAUCAUCUAUGGGGCAAAGACCAAGCAAAUCAGGGACAGUAUGGCUCACAUGUUAUCUUUUGGGAGGAAGUCUUGAGAGAGCUCAUGGUGUCUUCCAGAAGGGGAAAAGAGAGCUUGCCAUCUAAGUUUUCAGGUUUAAGCAUUAUAAUGUGUUGCAGCAAAAAGCAUGUGGACUUUGGAAUAAAAUGCAUCUGAUCUCAAAUUCUGGCUCUCUUACUUUCUGAUUUUAAUCAUGGGUAGGUUCCUACAUUUUGGAAAUUUAGUCCUAACCUGUAAAAUGGAAUGAGUCAUUACUGUCCUGUAAGGUUUUUUUUUAAGGAUUAAAUUAAAUAUGUAAACUACUUAGCACACUCAGUGGGGUCCCACUGAGCUAUAAUUCUAACUUGAA